AUGAAUGUUGCUUCUGUGACAAAAAUAGGGGAAGUGGUGGGCGAAGUAACAAGUAUAGAACCAAAAGAUGUCAUUCAUGUUGGAAGUGAACCAGUUAAAGUUUGUGUGAAUGUGGAUUUAUCGAUGCCAAUGAGAAGAGGCGUCAAAGCUCUUACCAAUGCAGGAGUCUUUCGCUGGCAAAAAAAUUUCUUUGAGAGGCAACCUCCUAGUAUCUGUACGGAGUGUUACAUUAUCAAUCAUUCCAGUGGAGCUUGCAAGGAUGAUGCUAACUGUCUGGCAAAGGCGCAUGAAAAGCCUUAUUACUUUGGGAAAGCUGAGAGUAUCAGGAAAACUAUUACUCCCAUGAGCUCUUCUUUAGCUCCGGCACCAAAAACAUAUCAAAAGAAGUUUGUUAAGAGCUCGAAUUUUGUUCCCCCUAAAGAUGAAAGGGUUAUCAGUAUGGAUUUCUUACUCAAAGAGAAAGCUACAGAAGAAGUGGAUUUAUUAAGACUUAGAAAAAGGCUUAGAACAAAUGAGGAUGGCAGCAGCGGCAGCAUUACGGAGGUUGAAUCUUCUUCCAAUGUCACCAUCACAUAUAUCAACACAAUGAACCAAACUACUCAUAUGGUCACAAUGGGAGAAAAACAAACUUCUGGCACUAAUAAGAAGAGUCAGUUCACUAGAAUUGCUAUCUCUAAAUGGAAUAAACAACAUUUUGGUGAUAUUAAUUUGAAAGUUGAUAGUCUUAACAAAGAACUGGCAGCAAUACAAGCUCUUCCUUUCUUUAAGGAAAAUACUUCUAAAGCUUUCCAAGUAAAUGAAGAACUUCAAAAAUGGCAUCACAUCCAACAUGAAUUUAAUAAGCAGAAGUCAAGAGACACCUUUCUAAAAGAUGUGGAUAAUAACACUAAGUAUUUCCAUUCUCUUUACAAGAGGAAAAGAGCAAGAAACAAUAUUGAUUCAUUAAAAGAUGAGAAUGGUAUUUGGGUUCAUACUAGAGAGCAAGUUGCAAAGCUGUUGACUGAGAAUUGUCAAGAUAUUAGUACUUCUUCUAAUCCUAUUAUUGAGGAAAGAUUUUAUGAUCAUCUUCCUACAGUUAUUACAGAAGAGGAUAAUAAUCUACUUACUGCAAUUCCAACUGAUGAAGAAAUAUUUAGUAUUCUCAAGAAAAUGGAAAGCUGGUCUGCACCUGGACCUGAAGGAUUUCAAGACGGUUUUUACAAGUCACAAUGGAAUAUUAUAGGAGAAGAUGUAUGCAAUAUGGUUAAGGAUUUUUUCAGCAACAAGAAUAUGUCACUUUCCUUAAACAAAACAUAUAUUUCUCUAAUUCUUAAGACUAAGAAACCUUUAACACCAUCUGAAUUCAGACUCAUUGGUUUGUGUAACACCUCUUACAAGAUUAUCUCUAAAAUCUUAGUCUCAAGAAUAAAACCACUGAUGGAACGUAUUAUUUCUCCAUAUCAAGUAGCCUAUAUGUCUGGGAGAUUAAUAAAUGAUAAUACCAUCAUAGCACAUGAACUUAUACAUUCUAUGAGAAAGAAAGAAGGUGAAGGUGGAUGGUUAGCUCUUAAAGUUGAUAUUUCAAAAGCCUUUGACAGGCUUGAAUGGUGUUUCAUUCUUAAGUUCAUGAGCAGUUUUGGAUUUUGUGAGGACUGGAUUCAUAUCAUUCAACAAUGCAUCAGCACAACAUCUUUAUCUGUCCUUCUUAAUGGGUAUCCAUGUGCAGAGUUUAAUCCUUCAAGGGAUAUAAGACAGGGAGAUCCUUUAUCUCCUUAUCUUUUUAUCAUGGAAAUGGAAUGGUUCUCUAGAACUCUUAUUUCAGCACAUCAAUCCAAAGAAAUUCCAGGUAUCAAAGCAGCUAGAGGUGCACCCCCAUCAAUCAUUUGCUCUUUGCAGAUGAUUGUCAUUAAUUUUGACAAAUCAUCCAUCUUAUAUAGCAGUAAUUUGGAUACUUCAUAUUGUGACUCUCUUAGUCACAUUCUUGGUGGAAAGAUUAUGGAAAGUAAUGAAUUAUAUCUUGGAUCUCCACUUCUUAUAGGUAAAUCUAAAGUUCAGUCCUUUGUAGAGAUAAAAACAGCAUUUGAAAGAAGGCUAGCAAACUGGCAAGGUGAAUCUAUGUGUCAAGCUGGUAGAGGUACAAUGGUGAAAGAUGUUCUCAAUGCAGUUUCACUUUAUCAGAUGAGUACUUUCAAGAUACCAAAGAAACUGAUUAAGCAAUUAGACACACUGCAGAGGAAGUUCUUUUGGGGUUAUAAGUCUUCAAGAGGUAAUAAUCCCAUAGCUUGGAAUAAUAUGUGCAUUCCAAAGGAAUUUGGUGGAUUAUCUUUUAGAGAUCUUGAAAUUCUAAAUCAAGCUCUUUUAACUAAAAUGGCAUGGAGAAUCAAUUCUCAGCCGGAUUUACUUUGUGCCAAAGUAAUAAGAGCUAAAUAUUUUAGAGGUGAAGAAUUUCUGCAUAUUCAGAAUGAUAGAAAAAGAGCUUCAUGGAUCUGGAGGGGAAUUGAAGAUGGGCUUAAAAAUCUACAAAAAAAUGUGUGUAUGGAGAUCAAAAAUGGUAAAACAACUCGAAUAUGGAAGGAUCAUUGGAUCAUUAAUCUCCCUGCGAAUCCAAUACCUUCUUAUCCAAGUCAUGAGAACUAUACUUAUGUUUCUGAACUUUUAAACCCAGAUGGUUCUUCAUGGAAUAUCAGUCUUCUGCAUAUUUUCUUUACUCCAGAGAUUUCAGAAAAAAUUGAAAGAAUGGAGAUCAUCAAAGAGGAAGAAGACAUUGUCAGGUGGAGACCAACAAAAGAUGGUUUGUUUACAGUUAAAAGCGCAUACAAUAAACUUGUAGAAAAUACGAUUUCUCAACAAGAUGCUCUGAAUACUGUUCCAAAACAAAUAUGGAAAAGCCUAUGGAAGAUGCAAAUGCCACACAGACUCAAGCAUUUCAUCUGGAAGUGUCUCAAGGAUAUUGUACAGACGAAAGAUAAAACAGCUCGUUUUAACAGCAGUAUUGAUCCUCAGUGUAGCAUUUGCAAUAGCCAAGUAGAUUCUUUAUCUCAUUUGCUGCUUGAGUGUACCUACACAUGUGUCAAAGGAUCUUAUGCAGACGGAGUAAUUGACCCUGAAUCAGCUGAAUGUAUGGAUAUUCUGGAGGCUUUAAGCUGGAUUAAAGAGCAACAAGUUACUGAAGUUAACAUUAUAGGCGAUGCAGAGUUAGUUGUUAAGUCUAUAUCAUCUGAUAUUAGUUUAGUCAGAUGGGAAAAUAAUAAUCUUAUCAGUAAGAUCAAAACUUUGAUUACUGCUUUUAGUUUUUGCAAGAUAUCUCAUGUCACAAGAGAUUUUAAUAAUGUAGCUGAUAGUAUUUCUAAGAGAGUUAGGAAACACAAGCUUUGUAUUGAAGAGUCCAUGGUUUUUCACCAUGGAUAA